AGUAUUCGCAUUUAAAAAAUGCCUGGCUGUGCCGCAGUUAAUUGCAGUAAUCGGGUUGACAAGGGCUGUAGGCUCUUCUCGUUCCCGAAGGGUAAACGUGAGACAAAAUCGAUUGACAAUAUGCUACGAGAUAAGUGGACACCGACCACCUCUUCGCGAUUGUAUGAGGUACAUUUUGAAGAUUCCCAAUUCGAAGCCCACCGCAUUGAUGGCUGGAGAAAACUUAAACCGAAUGCAGUCCCAACACUUUUCGAUGUGCCCAACCCCCCGCCACGAAUCAACCCACCUAGACGAAAAUCACUGUUCAAUUACCAUCUAAAACAGUAUCAUGAUUGGCUCAUCGGCUUAAGUUCACAUCUUAAGGUUACUGUUACGGAAAUUUUGUGUAUGGAGACUCUAAAGCCUGUUACACAUGGAAUGCAUAACAGUGCAUAA